UGUUUGACUGCUUGAAGAAAGACAGCCUGAAAAACAUGGCUAGACAUGCUGGUUCCCCCUUCAAGGCAUUCCGUGCGCUCAAGGAUCACUUUCUACCGUUGAGCCAAAGCCAGAUUCGAGUGCAGGAAGAGAAACUGAAGUCACUGCGCAUGCGUUCCAACGAAAAUCCCGCAACCUUCUUUGCAUCCAUCAGAGAGACGCUUGGUGUGCUGCAGAUGCUUGAAGUAAAGAAGGAUGACAGAGAGGUGUGCAAUCUGAUGCUUGAGGGGCUGUCGCCCGAGUACAAGACUUUGCGUGAGACUCUUGUGGUGUUCUGUUCGAAUGACCCGUCGUUCAUCGAGACUAAAGUGCGUGAGCGUUACCUGGACUUGCUAGCACAGGGUGGUUCCAAGAAGCAGAGUAGUGUUGCUCUGGUGUCUAGGCCUGAGAGGAAGAAGGGUAGCAUCAAGAAACAGCACAACAAGCCGAAGUCUAACUCUGAGUCUGAUUCAUCCCAGAAGAAGUCAUUUCAGGGGAAGUGUUUCAAGUGUGGGGAGAAGGGUCACAUGAAGAUCGACUGCAAGGCUCGCAUCAUCCCUCAUUGGCGGUUCCGGAGGGCAUCGAACCCUCGAUCUCGCGAUUAACAGUCGCAUUUGGUUAUGAGGGCUGUCAGCGAUGAUAUGAUCCUGAAAGCUGUUAACAAGUCUAGAUGUGUCGAGUAUUGGUAUGCUGACACCGGCACUGCUUUUCACAUGACUGAUUCCCUCUCUUGCAUGAAAGACUUGAAGCCUUGCCACAAAAGUGUGAAUGGGAUUGGUGGCGUGUCUUGUGAGGUAGCAUUCUCUGGAACGCUGGAGUUGGUGUUUGUGACUGCUGACAGUGAAUUUUCCGUGGAGUUGAAGAAUGUGUUGUACUCUCCAAACUUAGGGUAUAAUCUCUUUUCUCCGAGUGCAGAGUUUGAUGGCGAGUCAUGGAAUGGUCUUGGUGGUCCUGAUGGUGUGAUGACUGCUUUCAAUGGACAAGUUACCUUUCAGAACUUCGAUGGCAUGCUGAUUGCGUCUGCGUAUCGUCUAGGAGAAGCCUCUGUUGGCACGGUGUUGGCUGCUCUCACUCCCGCAAACCCCAAGCAUGAAACCACGAUGGAUAUCAACGAGUUCCACAACAUUUACGCUCAUUCGCACGAGGGUUUGCUUCGCACUACUGCAAAGCGACUAGGUACCAAGUUGGUUGGUGACAUGCAUGCUUGUUCAGGGUGUUCGAUGUCAAAGGCUAUUCGAAAAGGAAUCGUUAGAGAAACUAAACGUAGAUCGGAUAAAAAGUUGGGCAGAGUUUUUGUUGACCUGGGAGGAAGGAAGGACAUUGCGUCCGUAGGGGGUAAACAUUAUCCCAUGAUUGUGAAGGAUGAUUUCACGAGACGUACAUGGAUGUAUUUCCUGAGAAAUAAAUCAGACGCUGGCAGUGCAUUCCGGACCUUUCCUGCGAGUGUGCGUGCUAAUGGUGUCCCGUCAUUCGUUGAGAUUGUUAGAUCUGACAACGGAGGGGAGUUUUUCGGGGGGGAGUUUGCAUCUGUGUGCAAUGAGCUCUUGAUCAAACAAGAGUUCACACCGGCUUAUAGUCCGCAAUAUAAUGGUGUUGCAGAGCGUGGGCUGGGAUUGAUAGAAGAGGCCGCGAUGGCGGCUCGUAUUCAGGCUAAAGUUCUUUUUGGGCAUGUGCAGUUACCUAAGACUGAUAAACUCUGGGCUGAGGCUAUGCACUGGGCUUGCGAAGCGAUAAAUCACACCGCGUGUUCUGCUAACCCCGACUCUAUGUCGCCGUAUGAAAUGUGGUAUGGUGAACCUCGUCCCGCUAGACCGUAUCCGUUUUUGAAGCCAGCGUACUGCAGGUGGCAGCGACCGACAAAGCUGCUGCCGAAGGGUGAGAGUUGCUUGUAUGUCGGUCCUUCGAGAGACCACCCGCGUGAUUGUCAUAGAGUACUUACGAGGGCUGGGACUAUACAGGAAACGAGGGAUGUGACGUGGGAGGUGUUGCAGUCACAGCUCCCUCCGCUGCAACCUUCUCUGCCAAUAGAGGUCGCAGAGGAGGGAGGGGAGGAUAGUGACGACAAUGUUGAAACCGAGGUAUGGCCGCUUGUAGGAAGAGGAGUUGCUCACACACUUUUGAAACGUGAUGCAGUGCCUUCUGGUGCGAGAGUCGAGGAGGUUGAGAGUGUUGGCGCAGGAAGUGUAGGCCCAUCAUUUUCUGUUCCAUCUUCCCCUGCUGAACCGUCGUCCCUCGCGAACAAUUCUUUUGAUAGUGUAGCCUCUGUGUCUUCUCCAAUGCCUGUGAAUGACGGGGAAGGCCAGGGAGGGCAGGAAUCAGGGGAAUUAGAGAUGGGGGAUCCGGGAGGGGAU